AUGUCUGACCCAAGAGUCUAUACCGUGGGUUGGAUCUGCGCCAUAAGCACGGAGCACGUUGCUGCGCGAGCAUUUCUGGACGAGAUACACGAGGGACCCGGAAUAUUUAUUGGUAGACAUCAUGUCGUCAUCGCCGUCUUACCCAAUGGUGAGUAUGGUACAGCGUUCGCAGCGAGUGUCGCACGGGAUAUGCUACAUAGCUUCCCCAAUCUCAGAAUUAGUCUGAUGGUCGUGGUCGGCGGCGGUGCGCCUAGCGUCAAACAUGACAUCCGACUCGGGGAUAUCGUGUAUGACUUCGGCAAGACGAUUCAAGACCAACGGUUCCAGACAACGGGUUUUCUAAGUCAGCCGCCAAUGGCUCUACAGACGGCGCGGCCUGCCCCGGAUCGCGACAGGCUAUAUCAGAGUCGAGUUGUCCAUGAUUCAGAUGAUGAUUGCGAUUGCGCUGAUAUCUGUGGCAAUCAUCCAUCGAACUUGGUCGCGCGGCGCCGACGGUUGGAGGACGAGGAUAACCCGGCAGGACAUUACGGCCUGAUUGCUGCCGCAAAUAAGCUUAUGAAGGAUGCGUCUGUUCGGGAUAAACUUGCUGCGGAAAAGGACGUGCUGUGUUUCGAGAUGGAAGCAGCGGGGCUGAUGAACCACUUCACCUGUUUGGCCAUUCGUGGUAUAUGUGACUACUCUGACACACGCAAAAAUAAGGAAUGGCAAGGGUAUGCCGCCAUGACAGCAGCCGCAUACGCAAGAGACCUUCUUGACCGGAUUCCUCCCAGCCGAGUCGAACGUGAGAAGAAAACCAGCGAGCUUCUGCCUAUGUCGGACAGUAUCAGUGCGGCCAGUCAUGCAAUCGUCUCUGCUCAGGAAGGUACCUAG